AGAUCGAGGAAAACUUCCAUCAUUGCUUGACAAUGAGCUUAUUCAAUCUGGUUGCAAUUCAAGUGAAAAGUAUGCAAUUGUCGUUCACGGAUGGUUGGAAAGCAUUGAUACCGAUUGGGUGCACGUCUUGAUUGAUAAUUUGCAACGUUUUCGAGGCGGUUGUAUCAUCUUCAUGGAUUAUUCAAAUCAUUCAAUAGCUCAAGAUUAUUUCGAUCUUGUUCGAAAGUUCAAUCCCUUAACACAGGUGCUAUUGGAUAAGCUGAAUCAUUUGGAAACUCAAGGAUUUAAUCCCGAUAACUUAUUCAUGUAUGGCUUCAGCUUCGGAGCGCAAUUGGUGAUUAAUGCCGGUGUUCAAUAUGGAUUCAAUAAAAUUGCAGAAAUCGAUGGUAUACACACAAGCGGUAAUAAGGGAACAAUAAAGAGAAAUUGUCAUCAAGACUGGAUGAUGGGAAGAUGUGGUAGGGUUCAAGAAGCUGCGGGACCAGCGCCUAGAGGGAGUCAUGGUUUGUGCCCACAUUUUUAUAACUCGGCAUUUUCUCACGACUUCUAUGCGACGGAAAAUAUCUUUGGAUGUGUUUCGAGAAGAAUCGCAACAAACAUCCCAGAAUCCUUUAAAAUGGGUUACACAGAAACCAGAAAGAAUCAGGUUUACGGGGAUCUUUUUUCGCCUACUGGUGAAUGUUAUCCUUAUAAUUAUUUCAAUGGAAAUGGGGCCAUUCCUGAAGGUCGCGGUCUUAGAAAACUCGCUAGAAGAAGACAAAUUCAUGUUAGGGCACGUUUCGAACAACCAAAAUGUUCAGCAGCAAAUUCAAAGUGA